AUGGCCGUGGAGUGGUACGCCGCCAACAACGUGCAGGUGGUUCUCAAGGACAAGAACAGUCCUAACACGGCGCCUCAACACGGCCCACAGUGGGCCCCACACAAAUCUCCUAGCUCCUUGAGCAAUAGCCGUGAAGCCCGAUCUCCGAGCACUUCCUUCAGCAGCAGUUCCUCCUCAACGCCCUCCCUACUGAAGCAGAAAGUUAAACUGGAACCAUUGCCGGACGCUUCGGAGUUGGUAGAAUCGCUACCAACCAUUUCUCCCAAUUAUCGCCCGAUGCCGCUAAACCAGGUCGUGAUGGAUUGUGUAUUUUCCAACAACGGCAAGGCUCAGCGGUCGAUUUUGACCGACAUGCAGUCCAAAAACCUUUGCACCAAAGUUUUCUCCGGCAUCAAAAUCUUUACUGGAAUCGUGCCCAGCCUGUACGACCUGUGCAUUCGACUCUUACAGGAAAACAUCAAGCUGCUGGAUUGCACCGGCGGAAUUCCGUUCGAUAUACUCAAACCGGUCCUGGAACGUGUCUACGCCAAACAGCUGAAAUGUCUGGAAGAAGUGAACCCAUACCUGUUGGAGGACACUGACAUCUUUUGGGAGCAUCACUGCAAACGACUCUUCCGAAGCCAAAAACGAAAGGAAGAAAAGUACGAAUCAUGGCGGAAGAUGAUCUAA